AUGUACAGAGGAAAGACAAAUCGCAGAAGUCAAUUGUACUUCGUUUCCAUAUAUUCGUGCGCAAAACAAGCAGGAAAACUAAUGCAUUUUGUAUACAGGGCCCAAUGGAUGACAGUCUAUGGUCGACGAUCACUUCUCCUAUUUCUGACUCCCAUCGCUAUUGCUUGGUCAGCCGCUUCAAUCUUAAUCACUUCCGCUUACCCAGACGUUCACGACGUUGCCUAUUUCGAUGAUAUUGCUCUUCACCUCUACUUAAACGAACCUCGAGCGUAUCUAGUCGCUUCUUUUCGGGUCAGUCUUCAUAUAAUGAAUAUUUAUCAGUUUUUUUCAAGAUCGUUUUCAUCAAAUCAUUUUUUGAAUUUCCUAAUGUUUUUGAAGGUUACUCCAAAAUUUUCUUUGCAGUUCACUAUUCCAUUCCUAUACAUACAAAUUCCAUUCUGCUUAUGCUGUUUGGCACCGCUAUUACGAAUGGAGACUGAUCGUAUUGCCGACUAUCUGCCAUUUCUUUUCGCCUGGUCACCAGUACUUAAUCCAAUCGUUGUUAUGUACUUUGUAAAAGAUCUACGUCCUAGUAGAAAGUUGUUGUCCUUCAAAUCGAACAGUAACGCUGCUGAAUUUUCAAAGAAAAUGAAUACCGGUCAAAAUACUAAUCAUUUCUUGAGAAGUCGUUCAGAUGGGAGGAUUUCAGACCUUCCGAAAAAUGGUUUAGUAGCAAAACCGUUAACUGCAGUAACAGGAAUUUGA